AAAUGAUAAUUAUCUGAUAUGCCCUGGAAAACAUAUAUAAACUAGAACAUGCUAUCAUCCCUAAAAUGUUUAAUUUGAUAAGAAACUUCAUGGAAGCUAAAUGUAGACCAAUCACUCUGACAUUAUUGCAAUUUUAUGUUACUUUACUGCACAUGAUUUAUUUGUAUCACUGAAAUUGAUUAUGAGUAAUCUUUGGGUGUGACAAGAAAAUAAUAAAAGUUGGAUAAACAGGGGCACUUCAUGAAGGUUUUAUGUCACAUCAUCUGAACUUUACACAGGCGUGUUGGCAAGAAACUGCAAUAUGUUUGCACCAGAUCACAUCCACUCAUACUUAAAUUACAAUAAAUGAGUCAGUAUGAUGGGUAGAAAUUUGCAUAAAAGCAUGUUGUAAAAUGUUUGGGCCAAUAUAAUCUUUAUACCAACACAAAUAAUUUUAAUAUAAAUAUUUUCUCCACCAUCAUGUAUAUCAGUGACACAGCCUGAAUGAUAGUGAACUAAGUAUUAACUGUAGCGUCAAAGCUAAUAUAGUCGAAUUAACAUACUUUUUACAAGAAUAGGAGUUGCAGGGCCGGAUUAGAUUAGAUUAAUUUAAUCUGGUGCAAAUUAUCACCACCAUGUGUCUACAAUUUAACAGCCAAUCAACAUAAACCCUUUGAAAUGUACCUACAUCACUUCUGCUCAUCACCAAGCCGUGGUUGUGAUUGGCGUGACGUCAUUGCAAGGGGUGUGGUCUGCCUUGAGAAGGAGGCCGCUCGGUGCACGUGGCCGGUCGAGUGUGAAUGACCUCGUGCUUAUCCAGCACAUGAGGCCCUCAUUUAAAUAAUGUGACAACCUGACUUAAAGGUGAUAGAAAAUUAUUUGUACAUACAGCAAAAUGUCUUGACGUCACAAGGCUGCAGUAUAUGCUAAAUUGAGUUAUAGCUACAAGUAGCCUAAAUAAAUACAUCAAUAGCUACACAUAAAUAUGGCCAAUAAGUAAAUAAAUCAAUAAUUUAAAAACAAAAACAGUAAAAAGACGGAAAUCUCUUUAACAUAAGCAAAUAUUCGUCUAACAGAACAAGUUAAGUUUUAUCGGCCAAUCAGCAGCCAAACAAAGAUACCCAAACAUCCAUUCAGCUGUGGGACUGCCCACGGUCUCUCUCUCUCUAAUCCUAUUAAAUCAAUUAUGCACUACAGCAACAAAAGCAUUCAUUGAUCUAAUCAUAAGACCGAUGCAGGUUCAGAUUAAACUAGUGAUGUCAUGCAGGCACACAGGAGCAAACAGCUGAGCUUUCUUUUCUUGCAAAAUGCAUCUUUGAGAUACACAUCAGUCCAGAAGUGGAGGAGAACUGCAGGAGCAGAGCUUGAUGUGGAGAGACAGAAGAGAACAGCAAAACCCACUCAAGAGAUUAGCGUCCACAUGUCCCGGCAGCAGGAACACUGUCCGACUUUGUAAAGCUCUGUAGUUUGUCUCUGGUGGAGGUUUGGUUGGUGGGAGGAUCAUUACAGGCGCUCAUUCAGCUCUUCAGCCUCUUCGCGCACACUCACUGGAGCUGGUUGACUUGUCACAGUUCUCGGAGCAAGUGCCACAAGGCUCCAAAAACAAAAAUGCCUGGCGAUGGGUUCACGAUCAAAAGUCGCAUCAGGAAUUUGCUGCGAUCUCCAUCAAUCAAACAGAACAAGAACAGGAAAGAAAAUCUCACCAGCAAGGUAACUCUGGAAAAGGUUCUCGGCAUCACCGCCUCAGGAAACAGCGGUCUGGCCUGCGACCCCCGAUCCGGACUAGUCGCAUAUCCUGCAGGGUGUGUGGUAGUCUUGCUGAACCCCAAAAAGAACAGACAGCACCACAUUAUUAACACAUCAAGAAAGACCAUCACGGCUCUGUCCUUCUCCCCUGAUGGCAGGUACUUGGUCACAGGAGAGAGCGGCCACCUACCAGCGGUGAGAUUGUGGGACGUAGCAGAACGAAGACAGGUGGCGGAGCUCCAGAAGCACAAAUAUGGCAUCUCCUGUGUGGCCUUUUCCCCGAACAGCAAGUACAUUGUCAGCGUGGGAAACCAGCACGACAUGAUGGUCAACGUCUGGGCGUGGAAAAAAGAUGUAGUAGUGGCUGCCAACAAGGUGUCCAGUAAGGUGACAGGUGUGUCUUUCUCUGAGGACAGCUCCUACUUUGUAACUGCGGGGAACAGACAUGUCAAGUUCUGGUAUCUGGAUCACUGCAAGGCCAACAAGGCCAAUGCUCCUGUCCCUCUGCUGGGCCGCUCGGGGCUGCUUGGAGAGCUGAGGAACAACUUCUUCUGUGAUGUGGCUUGUGGGCGAGGCUCCAAAUCUGACUCCACCUUCUGCAUCACCUCCUCGGGCCUGUUGUGUGAAUUUAACAGCAAGAGGAUGCUGGACAAGUGGGUGGACCUACGGACGGGCGUGGCCCAGUCUCUGUCUCUGUCUGAGGAUAUGAUCUUCUGCGGCUGCGCUGAUGGAACAGUGCGAGCCUUCAGCCCCAUCGAUCUGCACUUUGUCUGCACGCUGCCACGGCCGCACCCCCUUGGCUCUGACGUCUCGGCCAUCACUGAGGCCAGCCACCUAUUCUCCACCAAGACGGACACCCGCUACCCAGACUCCACUGCUGUUACCUACGACCCCGUCAGCAACUGGCUCAGCUGUGUUUAUAGUGAUCACAGUCUGUAUGUGUGGGAUGUGAGAGACGUCAACAGGGCGGGGAAGGUGCACUCUGCCCUCUUCCAUGCUGCUUGUGUCUGGGACCUGGAGAUGUUUCCAGAUGUUCCUGGGGAUAUGGGUGCCGGUCUGUCAUCAGGUGCAUUUCUUACUUCUUCAGCUGAUAACACCAUCAGACUGUGGCACAUGGAGGAAACUCAUGUUCAUUCUCAAAAUAUCCUCAGCAGUGAUCUCCUGAAUAUUAUCUACAUAGAUGGAAACACUGCUGCCUUGCAGGAUCCAGAAUGUAUGACAAAUGUGAAUGCAGACAAACUAGGGGAUGGACAGGCAGCAGAGAGCAGGACAGGCAUCCGGACCAUCUGUGUCAGUCCAGACGGCAAACAUCUGGCAUCUGGAGAUCGCAACGGGAUGCUGAGAGUUCAUGACCUCAGUAGCAUGGAGGAGAUUCUGAAAGUGGAUGCCCAUGAUGCUGAAAUCCUCUGUCUUGAGUACAGUAAACCAGAAACAGGUCUGAAGCUGUUGGCUACAGCUAGCAGGGACCGUCUGAUUCAUGUCUUGGAUGCUGAGGAUGACUACAGUCUGGUACAGACACUCGACGAGCACUCUUCAUCCAUAACAGCCGUCCGCUUUGCUGCUAACGACAACAAGGUGAGGAUGAUCAGUUGCGGGGCAGACAAGAGCAUCUACUUCCGCACUGCACACAAGACUGACAGAGGAACAGAGUUCAGGCGUUCUCACCACAUGGUGAGGAAGACCACACUGUAUGACAUGGGUGUCGACUCCACCUGCAAGUACGCUGCUGUCGGCUGUCAGGACCGCUGCAUCAGGAUUUUCAACAUCAGCAGUGGCAAACAGAAGAAGCUCUACAAAGGAUCGCUGAGUGAAGAUGGCAGUCUGCUCAGGGUUCAAAUCGAUCCCUCAGGUCAAUAUGUGGCCACAAGCUGCUCCGAUAAAAACAUCAGCAUCUUCGACUUCUACACAGGGGAAUGUGUCGCCACUAUGUUCGGACACUCUGAGAUUGUCACUGGGAUGAAGUUUACCAACAACUGCAAGCAUUUGAUUUCUGUAUCAGGGGACAGCUGUAUCUUUGUGUGGCGACUGGCUCCGGAGCUGACAAUCAGCAUGAGAGAGAGGCUCUGCCAGCUCAGACAAAACCCAAACACACCGCCAUGCAAGACCUCCAGUCUCAGGCGAGAGGUGUACAGCGCCCCGGCUUUGGGUGCUCUGUCCUCUGACAGUGAUCACGAACACGAUGAGGAGGACGGAGCAGAGAACGAAGACUCCAACGACCAAGAAGACAACAUAACCAACACUUCCUUUGACAGCAGCCACGGUGAAGAAGACACAGGUGGCUCAGAUGAAGGACAAGACUGGGAGCUGACAAAGCGUGGAGUUGUCGGCCAGGUCACUCCUGACUCCGCUAAGCGUCCUCGGAGGCGCUGGUCUCAUCGUAUGGGCUCUCUGGAGCUGAUAGUUAAAUCCAUGAUGGACCUGAGGCAGCUGGAGACCUUUGCUCACAAGAAAAACCCCAACUGUCCCCCAUAUGACAGAGAAAGACAAAGCAUGUCCAGCCUCCAGGAUCCCAUGCAGCAGUUGGAGGAGAGAGCUAAGCGACAUCGGCCCUGGCCACACGCUGACUGGUUGUCCUCACACACAUCCAAGGGCAUCAAGGGGACGGACGGAAUAGUGCUCUACCCUGAGGAAAACGAAGAUGAUACAGGUCUACCGGGCAGUGAAUAUUUGGUGAAGGAGCAGCACUGCAGGAUGCAAGGGCGAGCAAUCCGCAGUGAGAGCCAGGACAGCCGCAGCCCAGACAGUGCCUGCUCUCUGGGCUAUGACAGUAGAGAGUCCAGCCCCGAACAUGUCCUGGAUGAUUCUGUAGAUGUGGAGUCCCUGAGCCAAGACAGCUCUGAUGAGGAGAAUGAGGAGAGGGAGGAAGAGGAGCUAAAGGCAGAAUUGACCAGUAUGGACGAGGCUCUGAGGACAGUGACUGAUGCUGCUGAACACUGCCAAGAGGAUUUUCUUAAGCAGAACUUUGAGACACUGGCAGACAGCUGCAGUGCGGCUGAGCAGAGCAGAGUCCCACGGCUCAGUAUGUCUUCACGCUUCCUGGCCAGAGGACAUAAUAACAGGGGGGUACCUCAAUUUGCCAAAGUGCAUGGAAAGGGACAAGGCAGCCACUCCGCUAAGCCCCCAGUGUCAAAAGUACGGCCCUUGAUGGAAGAUGGCCAGAGCAGAAACACAGAGGACAAGACCCCUGUGUCCCCUGGCAGGAUCGAGCAGCCAAACAGGUUAGAUGCUGUUGCUACAGAGAGAGACUGUGCUCCCACCCUAAGACCCCAGAAAAAGAAGACUUCAGGGUCCCACUUGUGGAGGUUGUCCAACCCUCCAGCUAAAGCUCCGAUGCUGCUGGACAGAGCGACGUGUUUACAGAAAUCUCACUCUGCCCAGGACCUGGCCUCAGACCCUCAUCACUCCCCUGUGCCCUCUAGUGACCGAAGAGAGUUGCGCAAGAGACCUCAGCAACUUUUCCUGGAUCAUGACAUGCCUAGGCCUUCAUUCCACUUUUCCUCCCCCUCCUCUGGGUCUCCACAGUCUCCUCAGUCUCCUCUACCCUGGGAGAGCCCCAAACUCAAGCCCCAGCAUUCCUACAUGAACCCAACUGCCAGCUCCAUGGCCAAAAGCAGCCGCUCCUCGUCACUGGGCGAGGAUAUCCAGAUGGGAAUUCCACCUAACUCCCCUUCCUUCCCCAAAGGCAGGAGAUUGUCCGGGGAGCUGGAGGUUGAACUUCCCCUGCUCACCUCGUCUCCUGUUACGGCAUUCCCAUCCUCUGUCUCUUCACCAUUGUCCCCCUUAUCUUGUCCUCUACCCAACAGUCCCUCCCCAACUGUCCCCCAUCGCACUGCUACAGUUUCACCAAAUUCUAGUCUCCCUCAGAACAUCCCGCCCUCUCGCAUCCCGCUUCCCAAGCAGCCUCUCAGCCCUCGCCGCAGUCUCUGUCUAGAGGUAAAACCGAGUUCAAGCCUGUGUGGAGGCGCGACGACGAGGGCUUCUAAUCCUAACAUAGGCCCUGGAUGUGAUGUUGCAUCCACCGCAGUAAAUAAACAAGCUCUGGGAAGAAAUCUGUCUCUAAGUUUGGAUCCUUCUUUGUUAAGUUCACUACCAGUGAAGCAGAGGAGAGAGUCGGUGUCUGAGAGUACCAAGGAGCCAGGACAGGUGGCUGUGGCUAAAGAGUGCCCUCUGGUGCCCGAACAAGCCUACACAUCGAUUGCUGACCCCCAGCCAGAUCACUCUAUCACCUUGGAAACUUGUAGGCAGGCUGUUACUGAGCUUCACAACAGUCUUAGGACAACAAUCAUGCUCUACACUACGGUGCUACACUGUGGCCCAGAGCCCACUGAAGAUCAACAGGAGAUGAAGAGCAUCCUGUCCGAGGCCCUGUUCACAGUUAAGGCUGAGCUGGACUCCCUGCCAUAUCCCAACUCACAGUGCGAAGAGGCCCGAGGGGACCAGGAGAUCAAAGGUGAAGGAGAUAAAGCCCUGGCUCUGCUGGAGCAGUACGCCGAGCUGCUGCUGAAGUCAGUGGAGAGAAGGCUAGAUACCAAGACCUGAGGAGAUGGACUGAUGUUUGGCACAACUCGGUAGCACUCUGAAUUGCACAUUUAGUUAUUUGCACAGAAAUCUUUUGAUAAUUUAUUUAAAGACUGAAGGCAGAAAGAAAUGAAUGUUGGGAAUUAUGCCUGAAAAAAGUUUGCCUUAUUUUUCAAGCUGCCAUAGCUCUUCUUUGUCUGUUUUCUACUUUUGAAAUCAAAUUUUAUAAGCAGAAUGAAUUACAAAAUGUUAAAAAGAGAGACACUAGAGGGAGAAUGAUGAAAUCACAUGAAGAGCACAGGUAGACAAAAACUAGUGAAAAUAUGUUGUUGGCUAAAGACUAUAAUUACAUCACAAAAUUAAUUAUUCCCUGUAUAAGUGAUUAACACAGUCAGUGAUCCUAAGCUUUUGAAUCCUAUUUUAUGAUGUUUAUUCAAAGAGACAUAGACAUUACAGAAGUUACAGGUUUGGUAAUGGAUAACAAGCAUCCUCCAGUUGCUACAAUAUAUAUAAAAGUAAAGGACAGAACAGCGUCCUGAUGAUAUUACUCUACAGCCUUACUACUGGGAGUAAAAAUGUAAGAUUUGUCCUAAGGGUGGCAUUACAGCAAAUGGGUUAUUAAAAUCAAAAGGUUUUAUGCUCUUUGAGAAUUUUUAUGAAAAUAUAUUCAAUCAAUAUAUUCUCCAUUAGUCUGAAACACUGAUAUUCUGGUCAAUUUAAUAACACACAAUGAAGUGAGGUUUCAAAACGUAAAGACUUAGGCCUCUUGGAAACAGGUUAUGUACAUUUCUAUAAUGAUCUGCUAAUUGAGUUUUGUUGAAAUCUUGUGUUAAUGGAAGCUUUUGCCUGAUUGUGACACUAGAGAAAAGGUCAGGUGCUCACCAUGACUAUACAUAUUCAUACCAGUGUUCAGUCUGGUCAGUAAUGUUGAAUAGGUGGACCUGGACUGACAUCAGCAUCCUGUUUAGGAACUAGCUAGUGAUGCUAAUGUUCAGGUUUAGGGUGAAAAGCCUAUGUUUAGGUAGAAGGCUGAAAGAUUGUAUCAGAUGAAGCACCCAGGAAGAUGUUUUGUUUAGGCUACCUCAGUCAUGUCAGCCAUUCAUAUGUUAGUGCCAAUGGUGUCAACCUUGUUGCAAAGCAGGUGUAACUUUAGAGCAGUUUUCACUGCUUUAUGUAAAUCAUUCAUAAUUGUUGUUCUUCCUUUUCUUAGAGCUGAUUUUGAUGUUACACUGGCAUUUUAUAUUUCUCUGAAAGAGAUUUUUUUCUCUGUGUUACUGUCAUACAGUUUCAAACUGUUGCACUGUUCUCUGAUAAAAUAAACAAUAGAAACCUUGAA